UCGGAUGCGACCGCGACCUUGUCUCUCGUCAAUUAAAAGCGAAAGUUCCAUAAAGCUUUUCGUAGGUGCGGGUUGAUUACCGGGGCAGCCAUGACGUCAUCGAUCCACACGCGGCCCGUAUAAAACGAGAGCACUGCUUCAAUUCGGCAGUUCAAUCGUAACUCCGUACAUUAACACUACUCAAAAUGGCAUUCAGGUUUGUUGUGUUCACCUGCUUGGUCGCGGCCGCCACUGCUGGCGUAGUUCCCGCCGCUCCUGUGGCGUACGCAGCCGCCCCGGCCUACCACGCCGCCCCGGCCUAUCACGCCGCCCCCGUGGCCUACGCCGCCGCGCCGGUCGCGCACGCCGCCCCAGUGACCUACCACGCCGCCCCCGUCGCAUACGCUGCACCCGUCGCUAAAGCCGUCGCCGUCGCCCCCAUCGCCAAGGUUGUGGAGGACUACAACGCGCACCCGCAGUACAGCUUCGCGUACGACGUACAGGACGGACUCACUGGUGAUUCCAAGACUCAGCACGAGUCUCGCGAUGGCGACGUCGUCCACGGUUCUUACUCCGUUGUGGACCCCGAUGGCACCAAGCGCACCGUCGAAUACACCGCUGACGACCAAAACGGUUUCAACGCGGUUGUUCACAGAGAGCCCCUGGCCGUAAAGGUUGCUGCUCCCGUAGUCGCCAAGUUCGCCGCUCCCGUCGGUUACCACGCUGCCCCUGUUGUGCACGCCGCCCCGGCGACCUACCACGCCGCCCCGCUCGCGUACCACUCCGCCCCAGUUGUGCACGCUGCCCCCGCCGUCUACUCUGCUCCCAUCUACCAUCACUAAUCGUUUAAGUAACUAUAUUUACCUCGUUUAGUUAGGUAAUGGUUACACUCACGAAUGCCAUGUAAAUAAUAAAGUAUUUAUUUUAUUCUAAAGGAUAUUUUCAUUA